CAGGCGCAGUGCGGCGGCCGAGGCAGUGUGUAUGUGAGGCUCUGACGGGUUCAAAAUGGCGGCGGCGGCUCCUGUGAGAGGACAAAGGCGCAGGAGGGACCUGGAGGAAGAGGACGACGACAGCAGCCCUGGAGUGUCCUUCUCACUUUCUUCGGAAGAGUCAGAGAUGGAGCCCGAGGAAGAAAGGAUCCGUUACAGCCAAAGAUUACGUGGCACAAUGCGGCGGCGUUACGAGGACGACGGCAUCUCUGAUGACGAAAUUGAAGGGAAGAGGACAUUUGACCUUGAGGAAAAGCUCUCCACCAACAAGUUUAAUUCUACCUUCGUCAUCUUCAUGGAAGGCAAAGACUUCACAGUUGAAUACAUCCAGCGAGGUGGCCUGAGAGACCCCCUCAUCUUCAGGAGCUCUGAUGGCCUGGGUAUAAAGAUGCCAGAUCCGGACUUCAGCGUAAACGAUGUGCGGCUGUGUGUUGGGAGCCGGCGGAUGGUGGAUGUAAUGGAUGUAAACACACAGAGGGACAUAGAGAUGUCCAUGGCACAGUGGGCACGCUACUAUGAAACACCUGAAGCUGAACGGGAGAAACUUUACAAUGUCAUCAGCCUGGAGUUCAGCCACACCAAACUGGAGAACCUGGUGCAGAGACCUGCUACGGUGGAUUUGAUUGACUGGGUUGAUAACAUGUGGCCCAGGCACCUGAAGGAGAGUCAGACAGAGUCCACAAAUGCUAUUCUAGAGAUGCAGUAUCCAAAAGUGCAGAAGUACUGUCUGAUGAGUGUCAAGGGCUGCUACACCGAUUUCCAUGUGGACUUUGGUGGUACUUCUGUGUGGUAUCACAUCCACAGAGGAGGCAAGAUCUUCUGGUUGAUCCCUCCUACACCCCAGAACCUGGAGCUCUAUGAAAACUGGCUUCUCUCAGGGAAGCAGGGAGACAUAUUUCUUGGGGAUAGAGUGUCAGAGUGCCAGCGCAUCGAGCUGAAGCAGGGCUAUACGUUUGUCAUCCCCUCAGGUUGGAUCCAUGCUGUGUACACUCCCAUGGACACACUGGUUUUUGGAGGCAACUUCUUGCACAGCUUCAACAUCCCUAUGCAGCUCCGGAUCUACAGCAUUGAAGACCGCACGCGGGUCCCAAACAAGUUUCGCUAUCCCUUCUAUUAUGAGAUGUGUUGGUACGUGCUGGAGCGCUAUGUCUACUGCAUCACCAGCCGCUCACAUCUCACCAAGGACUUCCAGAAGGAAUCACUCAGCAUGGAUAUGGAGCUGAGCUCCUCAGACUCGGUAAACAUGGAGGAAGAGGAGGAGGAAGAGGAGGAUGCAGCAGGAAAGGAACCAAGGAGACCGAUCACGAGACGGUCUGUUCUUACCAGCCCUGUAGCCAAUGGUGCCAACGUGGACUAUGACGAACUGGGCAGGAGCUGCCGGAGCAGCCUGCCGGCUCUGAAGAAGAGCCCAUCUGUAGACUCCUCUGACUCUAGCCGGGGCUCCCAGAAUGGCCAGGCCUGGGAGCUACAUGGUGGCAGUCCACGCAAGAGCAGGAGGGUGCACCUGACACAGUUUGAGCUGGAGGGGCUGCGCUGCCUGGUAGACAAGCUAGAGUCACUCCCUCUGCACAAGAAGUGCGUUCCCACCGGCAUCGAGGACGAGGACGCUCUCAUCGCCGAUGUCAAGCUGCUGCUAGAAGAAUACGCAAACAGUGACCCCAAACUGGCACUUACAGGCAUCCCCAUUGUCCAGUGGCCCAAAAGAGACAAGCUAAAGCUGCAGGCCCGGCUGAGAGUGCGCCUGCCCACCAUACCCAUUACCAAGCCUCACACGAUGAAGCCAACCCCUCGCCCAACGCCCAUCAGGCCCACGAUGUCCCCCAUCGUGUCAGGUGCCCGGCGGAGGCGCGUGCGCUGCCGGAAAUGCAAGGCCUGCAUGCAGGGCGAGUGUGGCAUGUGCCACUACUGCAGGGACAUGAAGAAGUUUGGUGGACCUGGUCGUAUGAAGCAGUCCUGCGUCCUCCGGCAGUGCUUAGCGCCCAGGCUGCCUCACUCGGUCACGUGUGCGCUUUGCGGGGAGGUGGAUCAGAAUGAGGACUCGCAGGACUUUGAGAAGAAGCUCAUGGAGUGCUGCAUCUGCAAUGAGAUUGUUCACCCUGGCUGCCUGCAGAUGGAUGGGGAAGGGCUGCUCAAUGACGAGCUCCCCAACUGCUGGGAAUGUCCCAAAUGCUACCAGGGUGACGACACAGAGAAGGGCCAGAAGCGCAAGGUAGAAGAGAGCGAUGAUGACAUGGCACAAGCCAAGGUGCUGCGGCCCCUGCGGAGCUGUGAGGAGCCCCUGACCCCGCCACCCAACUCGCCCACCCCCAUGCUACAGCUGAUCCACGACCCGGUGUCACCGCGAGGUGUGGUAACGCGCUCGUCCCCAGGCGCUGGUCCCAGCGAGCACCACAGCGCCAGCAGGGACGAGCGGUUCAAGCGGCGCCAGCUUCUGCGGCUCCAGGCCACUGAGCGAACCAUUGUGCGGGAGAAGGAGAACAACCCCAGUGGCAAGAAGGAGCUGUCAGAAGUGGAGAAGGCUAAGCUGCAUGGCUCCUACCUCACCGUGACGCUCCAGCGCCCCACCAAAGAUGUUCAUGGCACUUCCAUUGUCCCCAAGCUGCAAGCCAUCACCGCCUCCUCUGCCAACUUGCAGCACUCUCCCCGUGUGGUGAUGCGCCACACACCUGCCCGGAUGUACCCCCGGGGUGGGGGGGAGGACGAGGCGGCUGCUGAGGAGGACGAGGAGGAGGAGGAUGAAGAUGAUGAGAACAUGGAGGAGGGAGGGGCUGCCCGCCUCAACGGCAGAGGGGGCCGGGUGCAGGAGGGUGAGGAGAGCUGGAUGCAGCGCGAGGUGUGGAUGUCUGUCUUCCGCUACCUCACCCGCAGGGAGCUCUGCGAGUGCAUGCGGGUGUGCAAGACCUGGUACAAGUGGUGCUGUGACAAGAGACUGUGGACAAAGAUAGAUUUGAGCAGGUGCAAGUCCAUCACCCCCCAGGCACUGAGUGGUAUCAUCAAAAGACAGCCUGUCAGCCUUGACCUCAGCUGGACCAACAUCUCCAAAAAACAGCUCACGUGGCUUGUCAACAGACUGCCAGGCCUGAAAGACCUCAUCUUAGCAGGCUGUUCCUGGUCUGCAGUCUGCGCUCUCAGUACCUCCAGCUGCCCCCUUCUCAGGACCCUUGAUCUUCGGUGGGCAGUAGGAAUCAAGGACCCUCAGAUCCGGGACUUGCUCACACCUCCAACAGAUAAACCCAGUCAGGACAAUCGCAGCAAACUCCGCAACAUGAUUGAUUUCCGGCUUGCUGGCCUGGACAUCACUGACGCCACGCUGCGGCUGAUCAUCCGCCACAUGCCCCUGCUCUCCCGCCUUGACCUCAGCCACUGCAACCACCUUACAGACCAGUCUGCCAACCUCCUCACGGCUGUGGGCUCUUCCACACGCAACUCCCUCACUGAGCUCAACAUGGCAGGCUGCAAUAAGCUGACAGACCAGGCCUUGCUGUACCUGCGCCGCAUCUCCAACGUCACUCUCAUUGACCUGCGAGGUUGCAAGCAGAUCACUCGCAAAGCCUGUGAGCACUUCAUCUCAGAUCUGUCCAUCAACAGCCUGUAUUGCCUGUCCGAUGAGAAGCUGAUCCAAAAGAUCAGCUAGAGACCCUCCCCCGGGCAGGCUGAGGAGAAGGAAAAAAAGCCCACCCCUCUCAGAGAGCCACUCCUCCGCCUUCCCACCUUGCCCUCCAUGUCCUGCCCCUGCCUCCUCGUGGGCAGGGCCGGUACUGGCCUUGCUCAGCUGUCUUUUCUCCUCCUACCGCUGGGACUUGUGCCGAUGUGGGCAUUCCCCUGGCUGGCCAGUACGAGAGGAGGACCGUGCCCGCAGCAGGGAGCUCCCAAGGCGGAGGUUGUCGCAGACAUCCCUGGGUGGAGAAAUGGGGCGCACCCUCUUCCCCCCGCUUUUCCCCAGCUCCUUGCCUUGAAACACUUGUCACUUCCCCAUUAGCACAAAGCUUGAGGCCUCUCCAAGGAGGAGGGAGCAGAGCUGGGACAGACCCUCUCUCUCGGUGCCACCACCAGCUUGAGCCCUGCUCUUAGCCCCCUCACCUGGCCCUCGGAUCCCGUUCUUCCCCUGCGGUGAGGGUGAGGGCAGGAGCCCUACAGCCUGGGCGUGGUGGCAAGGCUGGGGAUGGAGCUUCCACCCUGGGGCUUCCUCAGAGCCCUGUGCAAGGCUAGGCUAGGGGAGCAGCCCCCAGAGCUCAGGGAGGACUCGAAUAAUCAGCGAAGGGUGAGUGAGUACAGGGGGAGCAGGAACUGCUGCUUCUCCCUCCCCAGCUGCCUGCCAAGGCCCAGCACUGCCAAGUGCUGAGAUUUGUGUGGCAGGACUGUCCUGCUGCCUUGUCCUCUCCUCUCCCCCCGCCCCAUUUUAGCUGCCGUUUUUUCCUUUGCAAUGAGCGGUUGGUCCAAAGAACCUCUCUCUAGGGCAGCAGAGAGCUUUUUGCACUUUAAGAAAAAAAAAAAAAAAGUUGGUAUCUUUUGGGUCACUCUUUUGUUUCCCUCCCUGCCCGCGCCCGGCUGCUGCUCCUCUCCCCGGUGCAUGGCACAGCGCAGCCCCGUGUGCCCCUGGGGCCCCAGAAGCAAUAAGGGAGGAGAGGAGGCUGCGGGGGUGCUGUUAGUGGGGGGAGCAGAGCCCCCCACCUCUGUCCUGGUGGUGGUCGCUGUGUAAGGCAGCGGAAGAAUCAGCGUUUUUUCUUUUUUCCUUGGGUUCAUUUGUUUUUUGAGUUUCGCCACCAGAAGGGCAGAGGCACAGGGAGCGGUGCGGGACCUCCCUCCUUUCCCCCUCCCCGCCCCCUCUCCCCCACAGCCCCGCAGGGACAGGCGAUCUACCAGUAAGCGAAGAGAGAGUUCUAUAUGUGAAAUCACUCAGUGAUUUAAAGCACCCGGACUGCUCCCGGCCACCUCCCGCAAGAACAGUUCCUAUUGUUUAAGGGUUUGGUUGUGUUUUUGUUCUGUUUCGACCUCCCCUCCCUUCUCCCCCUCGGAGAAAUAUUGUAAAUAUAUAUUUUUUGUUGGCAAUUUAGAGUCCAUCUCUGAUGUUUGUGCUUUAAAAUUAAAUGUAAGCAUUAAGGGUUAAAGCAAACCAUAGCGUGCGCUCUCUGCGUUGGGGCUUGGGGGG